AUGGACGAGAAACAAAAAGACACUAAAGAAAAAGACAUUGAGACUGGUAACAAAGUGGAUCGGAAAGAGGAAAAGGCAGAGGAAAUGAUAAAGACUGAGAGUCACACUAUUAAAGAACAAGAGAAGGCCUCACAGGCUCACAAAGAAAAAAAGAAAGAAAAACACAAGAAAAUAACAAAGGAGGAAAACAAAGUACUUUUGAAGACCAUCUCUUUAUUGGAAACUGGUAAAAGGAACAAGAAACCAAAGGUGUCAAAAUUCCCUUUGAACUUACCAAUACAGGCUGAUAUGAACACUGCAACUAGCAGGAAGGAAUUGCAAAACUAUGGUACUAACAGCCAGGAGGAUGACAACAAAGAACAACAAUUGGAAACUCAAACUGAUCAAACUCAUGUAGAAUGCUCUUCAAGCCUACCAUCAUACAUCAAGAAUAAGAAACUUAUUGAACUGUUUGUUGAAAUUAGUUGUGAACCUGAAAUAAAAGAUCGGGUUAACAUCAGGAAGGACAAUACCAUCAGUAACAACAAUCAACAAAGUGUACAAAGAGGUGCAAAAAAUGACAAGAAGAACAAAGAGAAGGAAACCAACAACAAUCAAGGUACAAUCACUAAGGCUACAAAGCAGGUUACUAUGAAGAGGGAUAACUCCAAAGCAGCUAAUUUUUAG